UGCGCCGACGGUGAAAUGUUUUGUUUAUGUGCGGUUUGUUUUUCAGGCGGGAAUAUAUUAAAAUGGCAUUACAAAGCUCUGGAACAACCUGUGCUGUCCGUGGAUGCACUUGUAACCAGACGAAGCUUAAUUUGUGGCUUAAAGAACAGUGCUAUAUACACAAACCUAAAGUUAGAGCGGAAUGCACUUGCGAGAGAAGGUACAGUUUUCAUCGCCUUCCUAUAGAAGACGAAGCUAAGCGAAACUGGCUCAAAAAUCUGAACUUAAAGAAGCCCCCCAAAACGCUUUACGUAUGCUCUUUUCACUUUGUGGAAAAAAAACCGACAGAGGACAACCCAUACCCUACUCUCUUCCUCGGUUAUGAGAAGCCUCCAGAAAAGAGACGCCGACUCCUCAGGAGGGAUGACAGUUCAUUCUCAACAGGUGAGCUUGAUACCAUGGAUGUGGAACAAAAUCCUACUUCCCUCUGUGAUGCCCAAACGCAGUGGUCCGAUCCAUGGAUGGAGGACCACACUUAUUCGAAAGGACCCACCAUCCCAUGUGGCUUAACACUCGCACCACCCCCUGAGUUACAGCCAGCUGCAAGUUAUACAUUGACAAACAAUGCAGACUGCUUGUUGUACACAGGUAUUCCACUUCUUGAGUUCCACACUCUUGUAUCCUGACUGUAUGGUUUUACCCCUACUUCAUCUGCAAUGCCUGUUGCAGACCAAAUCCUGAUGACACUUAUGAAACUCAGACAGAACUUUGUCAUUGCUGACUUGGCAAAACGCUUUGGCAAGUCACAUGGUCAAGUCAGCAAAACUGUGAAAUUUUGGAUAGAUGUUUUGUACAAGCAUACCAAGGAUCUUAUUCCAUGGCUGCCCCGUGAAACCAUCAAGGCCACUCUGCCAGAGGCUUUUAAAGAUCAUUUUCCAAACACUACUUGUAUAAUUGACUGCACAGAAACUGUUCUACAGA